CAACACACACACUUUUGUCCUGUUUCUACAGUGGCUAUUGAGAACAACAUGUACUCACUCCCAGCCGAGCCUGAAUGGCUAACUGUGUCCUGUGUCCUGCCCAGAGUCACAAAUUAUGCUGCUUGUCUGGGAGGAAAACAAAACUGAGACCCAAGAUGAAGCCAGAGAAGGAGGCGCAUUCAAAAAACAAAAUAAUCUCCAAGAUUUUAUUGCUCAUGUCGCUCAAUGUCUUCAAUUCAGGUGAGGUGCUGGCCGUGAAUAUGACUAUCCCCAACACUCUCAUCCGAGGAACAGUAGGAGGGGAGGCCCUUCUGUCUGUCUGCUACAGUAGUUUCAGCCUCGACCUGCCCGUAAUCAAGUGGCAGCUUAGGAAGGAAAAGUCUGUCACCAUUGUCCAGUCAAUUGGAACUGACAUCAUUGGGACACCAAGGCCUGAGUAUCGUGACCGCAUCCUGGUAUUUGAGAAUGGGACUCUGCUUCUCCACAACCUCAGACUCUCUGAUGAUGGAACUUAUGAUGUGGAGAUCUCCAUCACAGAUGAUACCUUUACAGGAGAGGGCAGCAUCACACUCACUGUGGAUGAGCCUAUAUCCAGGCCUUGCAUCCACAUGGAGGCUUCAUCAGUGCUGGAGCUCAGUGAAAACAUAAUCCUCAAUUGCUCCCAUGAAAAUGGAACCAGGACUUCAUACAGGUGGUUCAAAGGUGGAAAGCCACUGACCACUGAGAUGAGAUUCGUGCUGUCACCUGACCAAAAGCUUCUGACUAUUACACGGGUGUUGAUGGCAGAUGAUGACAUCUACAGCUGCACAGUGGAGAAUCCUGUGGGCAAUAUGACAAGCCUGCCUAUCAGACUGACUGUUUACAGAAGAAGUUCCCUCUAUAUCAUCAUUUCCACUGGAAGCAUCUUUCUCCUCAUCACUUUGGUAACAGUAUGUGCCUGCUGGACACCUUCCAAAAAGCCAAAACAUCCACCUAGAAAGCCUAUCUCGAGGUUUUUCAACCACUCUCAUCACUCACCAAUCAAUCAAACAGAUGAUGUGCAUCCAAACGUGACCAAGCAUAAUGGAAUAAAUGCAGUAACUUCACUUUACAUCCUGCAGCAAAAGGAUCCCUCCAUGGAUGACUCAUCCAGUAACAGUAUCGGAUCUCCAUCUGAACUUGACAACCCACCAUGCUACACCACUUCCCCGACGUACACUGAAUCUUUUACCCAAGCUACUGUGUGCCCUCCACGUUCUUCUCAUAGGUACAGCUGAAGGCUCAUCAUUUUAAACUCUCCAAAUGGCAGCAAAGUGGGAGGUCAGACCAUUCUGCCGUAUACUGCUCCUGAUAACAACAUCCUGCACAUUGGAGUUUGGAAAAGAUCAGAAAACCUUCAUAAUAAUGUCAUUACUGCUUGUUAUAUUUUUAUUAAUAUUAAAUAGCAGUUGCUUUUAAGACUGGAACUACAUCCUAUAGAGAAGGUGACAUCAGAGAUUUGCAAUCUGUAUCAGGGUUCACUGCUGCUGAUUACAGGAACAACGAAUGUUAAAAACUGGGAAUUGGCAAAACGCCUUCAUGAAGUUGAGGUGGGGUUAGUAUGAUUCAUCUACCAAACUGCAGUGUGAUAAAGGGAAUGCCAACUAAGGCAAACACUUCUCUGGCACGCAUACUGUUCUUUAGAAUUUAUUGUCAUUAAAAAAUUACCAUGCAAGAUGACAUUUGUUGUUUACAAGACUGAAUGUUAAAAAAAUGAUACACUUUGUAGGGAAAAAAAUCAUUCUUGGAAAUACUACUCUACUACAAUUUCACAUUUUCCGUAGUGUUCAGUGAAAUCUAGUAGUUAAUACAUGUUAGAGGAGGGUCAAAUGUAUUUCAAUUUUAUACAAACUUUAAUAAAAAUUGAAACUGUCAAAACCCAAGAACGUUUUGGAAGUUUAUUAGAAGUUUGUCAGCUGAACUCCUUCAGGCUUGUUGUCUUUUAGACUGUUCCUGCUCACUCAUUCAUUUGAAGAGUUUCAUGCAUUCUAAGUUUCUGUAUCCAUGAAAAUGCUGGGUAAAAAAGAAAUGCAUGCUUCCUUUGACGGUGGGGUUGGGAUUAGACUUUGACAAAGUUAACUGGAUAAUCCAAUAAAUUAACUUCAUUAUACAGACCCCUGGCGACAUGCUUGUGUAGUGUUAAAUACUUUAACACAUAAUGAUGCAUCACGAAUAUGGCAAUUUAUUGACAUGUGACAAAUCAUUUAUAGCUGGGUUACAGCAAAAGCCUCUGAAAUAUUUCAUGUCAUACCACGUGUUAACUCUAUCCAUACAUUCUGUAUUGCUGGCAACAAUUUGGGGUGUACUUCUAUUUGUGGGAGUGGUAGAGACAAUGCAUCUUAAAAAACAGGUCUACAACAGAGAUAUAAAGUUGGUUUUAAAUGAUGCAAACCUACUGAAAAAAAAAACCUGUUGAAUAGAUAAAGGCAAGGAUUUGUGUUAUUUUUAGGGCAAUACCAACACGUUAAUUUAUUAGCAACACAAACUACACCAUCACUGGACUACACUGUACUAGGGAAACUCUGGAUGUAUGCACUCUAACAUUCUAUAGCACACACAAUGCCAACAUUAGGUGGUUAUAUUGACACAAUGGUAUUGAAAGAUAAACUUCCCAGUUGAACUGUGUGAACGCUUGGUCUUGUGAGGCUGGUCUGGCUGACUGGCCACAGUCUGGCUUGACAACAAUGGCACAAAGAUUGCAAAAACAACACUGGCAUCAAAAGAAAAGGUGAAAACAGAAAAAGCACACUACAAAAUCGAAGCUAAUAUAAUAACAAAGCAGAGGUAGAUGCACAAUAAAUAGGAAUGAAAACAUAGGUGCAUAAAGCUGUGUGCAACUAUGUGGUUGCAGUACACAGGGCUGACAACAGUUACACUUUAAAUUAAUCAGCAUUCUCAAAAUGGAGUGGCACUGGUGUGUGAACACAUAAAUCAAGAGCUGCGACUUGUGAAGUGGUAAUAAUAGAAAUAAUGGCCACAAACAUACCACACAUUAUGUGUCAAUCAGAAGCUUUGUCUGUCUGAUCUGAAGGGUUGCUCCCCUCCACUUACUCGGCCUGCAGAUGUCUCACUAUGCUGGAAGUGUAAUUAUUUUAACAUAACUUUAUUAAUUAUUUUACAAUAUAAUGUCAUGUGGUCUAAAGUUCCGUUUGAGUUUCGAAUUCACAAUUGUCCAUUACAUGUUAUUUGUUGGUACUUUGUAUAUUUGAAUACCUAAGACAAAAUGUAAAAAAAAA